CGAUGGCAGCUGCUCUGGGAAGGAGGCGGCGGGGAGGUGGCCUCCCUCCCUUCAACGGCCCACCGUGGCUUUUGUUUCCCCAGUGACCCGUCACAACCACUUGAAAGACUUCAUGCUGGUGGUGUCCAUCGUGAUCGGUGUGGGGGGCUGCUGGUUCGCCUACAUCCAGAACCGCUUCAAGGAGCACAUGAAGAAGAUGAUGAAGGACCUUGAAGGGCUCCACCGCGCAGAGCAGAGUCUGCACGACCUCCAGGAAAGGCUGCAGAAGGCCCAGGAGGAGCACCGGACGGUGGAGGUGGAGAAGGUCUCCCUGGAGAAGCGGCUGCAGGACGAGAUCAGCCUGGCCAAGCAGGAGGCCCACCGGCUGCGGGAGCUGCGCGAGGGCACCGAGAACGAGCUCAGCAGGCAGAAGUACGCUGAGCAGGAGCUGGAGCAGGUGCGCAUGGCGCUGAAGAACGCCGAGAAAGAGUUGGAGUCGCACAGCAGCUGGGCAGCCCCCGAGGCCCUGCAGAAGUGGCUGCAGCUGACCCACGAGGUGGAGGUCCAGUACUACAAUGUCAAGAAGCAGAAUGCCGAGAAGCAGCUGCUUCUGGCCAAGGAGGGGGCAGAAAAAAUUAAGAAGAAGAGGAAUACCCUGUUUGGAACAUUCCAUGUGGCUCACAGCUCCUCCCUGGACGACGUGGAUCAUAAAAUCUUGACUGCCAAGCAAGCGCUGAGCGAGGUGACGGCGGCCCUGCGGGAGCGGCUCCACCGCUGGCAGCAGAUCGAGCUGCUGUGCGGCUUCCAGAUCGUCAACAACCCGGGGAUCCACGCUCUGGUGGCCGCCCUCAACAUCGACCCCAGCUGGAUGGGCGUGCCCCCCCGGCCCAACCCCUCCCACUUCAUCAUGACCGACGACGUGGACGACCUGGACGAAGAGAUCGUCUCGCCUGUUUCGGCACAGUCCCCCGUCCUGCCGAGCAGCAUCCGCCAGCGCCUCGUGGACCCCCAGCACGCCCUGGGAUCUCAGAGGUUGGUAGAGAAUCAGCAGUUCCCCAGCCAGGCCGAACCGGGGCAGCUGGCCCACUUCCUGCCCAGCAGGCUCACUCUGCGUCGGAUGCCCAGCCUGAGCAGCGGCGGCCAGGCCUUCAGCUCGGAGGCCCCAGGCACCGGCCCGCCCUUCAGCGUCACCGCUGCCUCCUCCUGCUCCGCCACGGCCGCCCACCCGCCUUCCGGCUGCCACCCCCUCCCCAUCUACUACCACCACACCACCUCCUCCUACAUCCUCCAGAUGGACGCGCUGCCCAACCUGCCCCCACCCGACGUCACCUCUGGGACGCGCUGUGGCGCUGACGGCUUUGGAGACUUGUCGCGCUCCGACUCGGACUCCUCCCUCCCUCACCUGAGCGACUACCAGCGGGUCUCCAGCUCCGCCCCCAAGCUGCUCCCCAGCAGGCCCGCCCUGCUGCACAAGGCUUCCGAGGAGGGGGUCGGGGCCCCCAACGGCGGGCACAGCCGGCACCCCGAGGCCUCCUCCCCCUCCUCCCCGCAGGACCAGCUGCCCGAGAGCCCCAUCGUGAUGAAGAAGGUGUUGCUGCUGAACCACGGCUUGGAGAAGUCGUCCAGCCUGGGGGAGAUCAGCCAGUCGGCCGCCGGGGCCCGGCCCAGCCCCUCCGACUCCUCCCGCUCCCACAGCCCCAGCUCCACGGAGCCCGACACCCCCUCCCCGGUCUCCGACUCCCGGCCGGCGAACAGCCUCGGCAAGAGCAGCACCCGCAUCCCCCAGCUGGCCUCCAAGAAGACGGCCGGGGAGGAAGACAGCGGCUCCACGGGGGAGGAGACUGACUCGGGCCCCGGCAAGAAGAAGUUCCCCCUCAAGAUUUUCAAGAAGCCAAAGAAGUAGACGGGAUGCCGGAAGGAGGAGGGGAGAACCCCUCUGGGACAA